AUGGAGCAUGCCGCCGACGCCUCUGACGCCAAGCCGGACAGGCUCAGCGUCCUGUCGGACUGCCUGCUCCACGGCAUCCUCUCGCUCUCCUCCAUUGGCGCCAGGCGGCUCGUGCAGACGAGCACCAUCUCGCGGCGGUGGCGCCAUCUCUGGCGAGACGCGCCGUGCCUCGACAUCGGCCCGGACGAGUUCCAGGGCGACGGCGACGAAUUCCAAAAGUGGGUCAGGUUCAACAACUUCGUGGACAGCCUCGUCCUGCAGCACGCCGCCGUCGGCCUGGACGCGCUCCGGAUGCAGGUCGUCGAGCCUCCCAAGGACCGAAGCGGACGCUGGAGCAGGCCCGACGGCAACAGCUGGGUCCGCCGCUGCCUGGCGCGCUACAGUCCCGCCGUGCUCGACAUCCGCAACCAAUCCACAUCCGGCACUCAUGUCCAGAUGCGCCGUGUGACCCGCGGCACCGUCCUCUGCCGCCUCACCACGCUGCGGCUCACCGGGGUCACGCUGUGCGCCGGCUUCGAGCACCUCAUCGGCGCCUCCGGAUGCCCUCGCCUGGAGCACCUCGAGCUCAGGGACUGCCUCAUUGGCUUCAGGGAGGUGGUCGUCUCUAGCACGCUCAAGACCCUCCUCGUCGAAUCAUGCAACAUGAGCAUGGACAACAGCUCUCUUCGCAUGGGCUACACCCCACGCAUCGUAGCUCCUGGCCUCGCUUCUCUCCACCUCGUGCUUCUCAGCUGGUAUGCUCCCCUGUGGGAAUUCGAGAUGCCUUCGCUCGUCGAGGCCACGGUUGUCAUUGACAGAGGCCGCAUCGACAAAGAAUUCGACCUUCUUUGCAGUCUUAAGAAUGUGACAAAAUUAGAGAUAUCCACCUUCCCGUCGCUACACUUGGUGAUGAAUAGUAGAUUUGGCAGAGAUUUGCCAGAGUUCAAUAACCUGAAAACAUUGAUCCUGGAACAAUGUCGUUUCACUCAUGAUGGGACCACGCUCCUGGAGUUUUUUCUCCUUCUCGCUCCCAACCUGGAGAAACUUACCCUGCAAAACUGCACGAACAACAUACUCAACAUUAUUGCUAUCAAAUUAAAGCAGCUUCCGUCGUGCUCCGAAAGUAUGGUAGAAAGGUCCAUCUCUAUGAAGAUGUCCGGCCACCAUUUGAACCUCAAGUUUGUGGAGAUCAAACACCGUAAAAAGGUCGGCGUUUCUGAGAUCAUCGAGUAUCUGUUGCGUGUUUCGAAGAACCUCCUAAGGACUGACAUUGUGCUAUCAGAAGGUCCAGAGAAUACAUGGUAUCAGGCAGCAUUAGCAGCUCAGGGUUGGUGGGAUUAG